AUGAGUACCGUAUUUUUAUUUGAAGAUGGACAUGGAAAUGUCGUUGAUGAGAAUGGCGGCCCUAAGCCCAUGGAGUACAUUGUCGAUCAGAAGGAGUUUGUUGUUGAGACAAUUGCCACUCACACUGAUUACUUGAAAAAUGCAGCUUCCAGCAAGUCUUCUUCGGCUUGUCCAAUGCGAAUAGAAAAGCCAAGAGAUGAAGAUAUUUGUAUGAAGGAAGCCAACAUGAAACGUGAUUAUGUGCGUUAUACCGUCCAGGAUAAGGUUAGAUUUUUCGACCUGAAGAUUGAAAAGUGUAUGAGUGCAUCAGCUGCAGCGAAGCAGUUGGGAAUUCACAUUCGAACUGCUCAGAGAUGGGUUAGCCAGUAUAGUUUAUGCCCUGAUAGCAUUUUUGAUAAUUGUAAACAAGCUGGUCGCAAGUGUAUCUUGUCCAAAGACCAUAAAACGGCAAUUAUCAACUUCAUUGAUGCUAAUCCCUCGGCUGUUGUUGUUGAAGUGACAGAACAUUUAUUGAAGCAAUUCAGUGAUCUUAAAGUUUCACGCAGCACCAUUUAUAACUUUAUGAGGAAUGAAUGCAAUCUUUCGUUGAAAAAAGCAGAUUUCCAUUCUAUUGAAAGAAACAGUUCAGCAAAGAUUGAGGAGCGGCACAAUUGGGUUUACGAAUCUGCUUUUGAUAUCAAUAUGAAACGCUCAAGAGCUUGGUCCAGAAAAGGUACUCGUGCUAUUGUUACUCGACCUACAACGAGAGCAAACACAACAUCUAUAUUGGGCGCAAUCUCUGCAGCAGGUUUGAUCACAGUGGGCAAGCCACAUGCUCUCAAGUUAUCAACAAGUUGCUCACGACCGAUUCCCCAAAAUCUCCUGGAGUCUAUUGACACAAGUACUGAUCAAGAUUUACCAGCAACAACUGAGCAAACCGCACGAAUUUCUACAUCUGCAGCCGUAGAACCUGAUAGUAUAACUUCGGUACAAGAUAAUCUCUCUACUCCACCUUUUCCCUCAGCAAACCAGUACAACACCACUACCAACGAGGACAGCAACAACGAUGAUGAAUGGAUGUUUAAUGGCACCAAUGUGACGAAUCUGUUUAAACGAUACCAGCACAAGAUCAAAGACCAGGUAGUGGAAAAGAAUUCGUUUCAAGCAGAAUCUGACCUUCAAGAAGUACUUGCCCUGUCCAACGUCCUCUUCCUAGCCCCCAAUCAACGUAGCGACUCGAAAGCGGACUUCUCAACGCAAGAGAUUUCUGAUUUGGCAGUCAUUGUGGACGAUAUCCAAACUGGGAAGAAAUUGACCAUUGAUGCCCAAGUGGAUCUCCUCAUCAUGGCCAAGACUAUGGGACCUACCAAAGCAGCUGUGGUGCGUGGUAUUGCAAAUCUUGUAGUCAAACUCCCAACGCGAGAAAUUGUUGAUUUGGAUUCCCUUGGAGAAACUGAAUUGCAAUCAACUUCCUUUGAUCCUGUAUUAGCAUCUCUUCUCUCGAACCCUCAACAAAACGUCGUCUUGCGCUGGGCAAACAAAAAUGAAGAAGUGUUCAAUAUCUGCCCUGACGCCGUCAUCUCUACCAUCAUCCAAUCAAAGUAUGGUCGCCCUUUGGGCUUUGGCGAGGUGAAGCCAGGCAACUCUUCAACAAACAAGCACACACUUUGCAUAGACACCCUUCGCCUAGCAACAUUAUCCAAAGACACUAUCGAUGGCUUCCGAGUAUCGUUUUUCAUGGUGCACAGGCAGCAUGAAAACUUGUAUAUUAUGGUGGAAGUGGCGACAUUUGUCUUCCCUAGCUCCCUAGAUACCCUUGAUGCAUUAACGACCAAGAAGAAUCUGUGUACACUGGCGCGUGUCAGCUCCUCGUUUUGGAACAACAGUACGACCCCAUCCAAAUCGUUAAUAUCACCCUCACCUCGCCUGCCCAUCUCUACUCUGUAUCAAAUAAUUGACAAAUCUCACAAUAGGAAUGCUGGCACAACAUCUCGUUAUUAG